AUGAUAAUGACUAAGCUGAAGCAAACUGAAGUGGACUGUGAGCUACUGAAGAAGUGUUGUGAAAAACUAACUGAGGAGAACAGAAAGCUGCACAAGGAGCUGCAACAGCUGAAAGCAGUAAAACUAUCACCACCGUUCUACAUGCAACUGCAGGCAGCCACCCUAACCAUGUGCCCUUCCUGUGAGAAGAUCGGUGGCGUCGGCGCUGUCGAAAACUCCACAAAAUCUCCUUUCUCAACAGGCACAAAGCCUCACUUUUAUAGCCACUUUACCCAUCCAUCCGCAGCUUGCUAG